GAGAUGGCCAGCGGCCUCUUCGGCUACGCUGCGCAGCUCUGGCACGCCGCGAUGCCGUCAAUGGGCCCAGUGGCGCCCCCCUCCACCAUGCGCGUGUCGCUGGAGUGCGUCCUCUCUGCCAGCGUCGACUUGCGCGCGGUGCCCCUGGAGCACCGCCAGCUCAGGACCGAGCUGGUGCAGGGGCGGCCGUGGCGCGUGGGCCGCCGCGACGAGCCCGAGGCGAUUGCCCGCCUGCUUCGGCCCGCCGCGGCGCCCCAGGAGACUGCCUCUUCGAGAUCGCCUGGGAGCCACCCUGCUUGGUGCUGA